GACUUUGACAGGCCCCAUUUUUUUUCACGCAUGUGUGUUUCGUGGAUUAUUCCUAGUAAUAAUUGUGUAAAAUUUCUGUACAUAUUGUGAGAGAAAACCGGACUCGAUCCGAGUGCAUUUUAGAAACCUUAAACGAACCGAAACAAAUCCCCGACACGAACAUUAGCAGGAGCCACGAAACAGGAGCAGCAGAAGCAAAUAUAUAGAAUAUUUUUUCGAAAGAGUGUGGUGCAUGUGUGUGUCGGAUCCCCAGGAGGAGACACUAUGAUGUGGACUUGGGAAACUUCAGUUUGAGGCAGACUACAAUCAAAACUAUAGAACCCAGUCGGGUUUCCAACAAACUUCAUUUCGGAUAAAAAUAUAUAUAGUCUGGGUCCGUAUCAGGCGUUCGGUUUGCCGUCAAGCCUUUUGCUUAAAGUGACAGACAGAGGUACCGAACACACACCAUAUUCUUUAGCAGUCUGUGUGUACGUACGCACAUAUAUCUGGAUAUAUGUCGUUUGGAUCGUGACGAGGCCGCAUCGGUAGCAAUGUCCACUGCCUUGGCAGCGGCAACGGCAAUGGCAGCGGCAUCCUCGAGUGCCGCACCAGCAGCAACGACCGUCAGCAACACCACAAACACCACGAACACCACCGUAGUCACAGCCACAGCGUCGCCGGCAACAAACAGCAACACCACAACCACCACAAUUACUACCACCCAUACAACCAAGUCUACAAUUACGGCCGGAACCCUUGAGCCAGCCGGAGGGAUUGUAGCGGAAUCGCAGGAGUAUCAAUCGGUGCAAGUGGCUCCGGAUCAGGAGCACAGCCAGCUAAUAUCGAAUAGUGCACCGAAGCCACGGCGCCAGCGUAGGACCACAGUGGUCCACACAUGUCCCAGGCCACCGGGUGGCUACAGGUAUUCCAUGGAGUUUCUUUACGGGAUCGGCAGUUGCAUGGCCGGCACCACUUUGAAUAUUGCCACGCCUCUAUCGAUAACGCCGCGCAGUGUGAGGACCACGCCUCCCUCGCUGACCACUCGCAUGCCCCUGCUGGCCACAAUGGGAAUGCCAGCCUCGGCUUCACCCCGUCCCAUCGACGGUAACCUGUCGCGGAAUCGUUACGCCAUUGGCGUUAUGGGGACGGGAUCUCCAGGAGGAGGACUCACUACAGUGACAACGGUGCCAGCAUCAUCGCCAACGACGACCUCUGUCACUGCCACACCCGGCUCCUCACCCGGGUCGCCUGCUUCGGGUGUCCUAGCGACAGGAUCCCCCAACAGCCUGCCAUCGCCUCAAUUCAUAUACCAGGGAUACCUGCCCAAUGGACCACAGCGACGCCUGUGGCAUGCUGAGAACGCAUUCUGGCAGUUUGAUCGGAACUAUCCCUACAAUCAGGGCUAUGCCUCACAAUACGGCAUACCCAUGAUGCCGGUGGGAUUCGAACAUCCGUAUGGCAGUCAGCGGAUCAUAUAUCCUGGCUACUAUAGCCAGCCUUCCGGGCCUUUCCAUGCUGCUCCAGUAUCGGGAAUGCCGAGAGUCAAUCGCCAUGUGACCCAGCAGCCACAUCCGGUGGCCCAGCAGCCGACGACAGUGGUGAGUGGUGAAACCACUGAAGAAUCAAUUCCAUCUCCGAGCACCACGUGGCGCCAUGUAGGCCCACCCGGAGGACAGCGCGAGCGCUUGGGGUCUGGACGACAGGCGUCGACUCCACAGGGCCCGAUGGACUUUCACAGGGAAUCAAAGUCAUACUAUAAGAGUGUCACGACCGGUGUUGGUGGUGGAUCUCGCUACAAAGCACCCUUUGACCAUCAAGCAAGUGGUAAUGCAAGGAACUAUCUAGGAGGAGGACCUGCAACAGUCGGUGCUGCAUCAACGACAGCACCACCGGUAGUUGCAGCACCACCGGCUUCCGCAUCGGCAGCGGCAGCGGCACCGACACCCACUGGAUCCAGAGAUCAGAAUCCAUCGAAUGGCAACCAGAGUCGGAUGUGUCAAGGACCCGGCAACAAUCCGUAUGCCAAGAGUCGUAACCAAGGAAAGAGAGGCAACAAGAAUAUGCAGGGUAAGGAGCGCACUUCAAACUCAUCCGGGUCAUUGUCCGCUUCCUCCUCGAAAUCCCACCUGGAGAGGCCUGCCAGUUCGAAUACCUCCAUACCGCCCCCGCAGAAGCAUCCGAAUCGUAGCUACCGCAACCGAAUUCGUUACCUCAAUGCCAAUGAGUCGUCGGAGCGGAAACCGAUGCCCAUGGGCGUGGCGGUGCCUGUUUCGACCACUUUUCAACAGCAGCCACAGCCGUCCAACAUGCGCAGAGUUGGUAAGUUCCAGGGACCAAAUGCCUAUCAUGGAAAUGUGGUGGAGAGUGGUAAGCCAGUGGUCAACCGGCAUCAACGAUACUACCAAUCGCGAAACUGUGAUACCUAUGUCUACCAGCCCGGACAAUAUAUGGUUUACGCAGCAGGAGCCGCGCCGCCGAUGGGACUCGGUGGAAUGCUGCACCCGGGACAAGGGUGCCCCGGCAUGGCAAUGGGCGUAGGUGGAGGAGCUAGGAAUGCAGGUAGUUCCAGUGCAAGGGGAAGUGGAGGUGUUGGAGGAGGUGGAGCAGGUGGAGCAGGAGCUACGGCCACGACCAGCAGCGCCACCUCGGAGGGAGAGCAGCCGCUGGACUCGGACUUUGAUCAGCGCCAAGAUUAUGCUGACUUGGGUCUGGAUCCAGGCAAUGGCAGCUUCUCCUCCGACCUGGAGCCGCUUAGUUACAAGCAGGACACCUCGGAAAUGGACGCGCAUUCGUGUCUUCUAUCCCAUCCCUGUUCCGACAUCGAGCCCACGGAUGGCCAGUCGAUUGGCAGUGCGGCCAUCAGUAUGGCGACCAGCCAGGACAGCGAUGCCACCGAAAGCGACCUGAGCGGUGCAUCUGUGGAGUCGGUGGUGCGCAAGGUAAUGGUCGGUUGCCUGGCCUUUGCCACCGGCGCUGAGGUGCCCGAUCUCAAUGGUCCGAACCUGGUGCCCUACGGCGACAUGCAUCACCUCAUGGAGCUGGAGUUUCAUGCAUCCAUAACUAAUGGCUAUAGGACCGCCAUGCUUCAUCCAGCUCAUAACCCGAUGAUCCAUCAACGUGUGCAUGGCAUGAGCUGCGGCGACAUGUUGAGCCACUCCGCGGAGGAUAUGGGAUACAAGUUGGAGAAGGACCACCACCAGCAGCAGCAGCAGAAGCAGCAAGAGGAUGGCAAUGAUGAAGGAAAGCGCCGGUACGAGGAGACCGAUUACAUCUCAAUGGAAUCUAACCAAGCUGUCAGUCCAUCCGCCUCGUCCAGCAAGAGUGCCGAAGCCCCGGUGUCCGCAAGGGCCAAUAUCAUCAUGCCAAAAGAAACUCUAGAGGAUGGACUACUCCACCACGAUAUGCACAAUCGCUACUGGCGCGAGUUCUUUGGUUAUACGCCAGCGGACCGUUUCCUGCUCCGGACCAAGCUGGUGGAAAUGAAGCGUCCACCAAACACAGUGCCUAGUAGUUCCAAAUGGGAUCCUCUGUCCCUGUCCAUAUGGAGGAAGUUUCUGGAAGCUCAGCAGACCCGUCAUAUUUACAAGACUAAGAUGCGACUAUGGCGAUUCAUUUAUACAGUGGCCAUGACAAACUAUCCUAGGUACGGCUUGUAUCUGGUGGGUUCCUCGAUCUCCCACUUUGGUUCCAAAUUCUCGGACAUGGACAUAUGCAUGCUGGCCUGCACAAAUCCGAACAUUGAUCCAAGAAUGGAGGCCGUGUAUCACCUCCAACUGAUGAGGGAGCUGCUCAGCCGCACGAACGAGUUCCAGGACUUCAAUCUGAUCGAGGCCCGGGUGCCCAUCCUGCGAUUCACCGAUUGCCGCCACAAAGUGGAGGUCGAUAUCAACUUUAACAAUUCCGUUGGCAUCCGGAAUACCCAUCUCCUGUACUGCUAUUCCCAGCUGGAGUGGCGAGUGCGUCCAAUGGCCUUGGCUGUGAAGCAGUGGGCGCAGUACCACGACAUCAACAAUGCCAAGAACAUGACCAUUUCCAGUUACUCGCUGAUGCUGAUGGUCAUUCAUUACCUGCAGGCCGGAGCUAGUCCGCCGGUUCUGCCAUGCCUGCACAAAAUGUAUCCGGAGAAGUUUGGCCUCCUGCUGCCCAGUGACUUUGGUUACGUGGAUAUGAACGAGGUUAUGGGUCCGUAUCCCUCGGACAAUACCCAGUCCCUGGGGGAUCUCCUGGUCGGAUUCCUGCACUACUACAGUGUGUUCGAGUACGGCAAGUAUGCCAUAUCGAUACGCGUGGGCGGCGUCUUGCCCGUGGAAGUGUGCCGGGCAUCGAAGGCACCCAAGAACGACAUUCAUCAGUGGAAUGAGCUUUGCAUCGAGGAACCCUUCGACCAGACCAACACGGCCAGGUCCGUGUACGAUUCGACCACGUUCGAGCGCAUCAGGGCCAUUUUCCAGGCCAGCUACCGGAGGCUGGAAUCCACGAGGAGUCUCAGCUCCAUUUUCGAGGACUACGAUGGUCCCACCAUUGUGAUGCAGCAGCCUUCCGGGGAUUCGGAGUGCGAUUUCUACGAAGGCCAGCAGCAGCAGCAGCAGCUUCAUCAUCAGCAGCAUCAUAGGUCGGUUUUUCGCUCUAAUAGUGAUUUUCCCUCGCCGCGUCCCUUCAAGCUGAUGGUGGACAAGGCCACCACUGCCAUUUGGACUGAUAUUAACAUGAAGACGGAGCAAAAGGAGCCGGAGGAGCACCAGUCCAGGGAGAUGGGAGUAGAAGAUGACUCUGUGGCCACCGAGCCACCGCUUGCUUAAAAAAACUCCCACCUCCACCUCGUAAUACAAAAAUCAACAACAAACAAAAAAAAAAACACAAAACAUAAAAAGUUCACACCACACUCAAAAAAACGAGUCAAAACAAAACAAACAUUUAAACCCCAUCAGGACGUAAAAAAAAAUUGAGACGUUGUGAAAGUAAGUUUUUUAGUAGCAGUUGCCGGACGCGUUUACACCAAUUUAAAUUUGACGUUGGAUAAUUAUAUAUGCCUAGGGAAUUUAGUGAAAUGACCAAAUAAAAAUUCACAAAGGCAAUGCAAAGUCGGUCGCAAAAAAAGCA